CCUAGUCUCGAGAAUAGAAUGGCUGGUGCUCACAGAUUUAUCCAGCACUUUAGCCAUCCUCAUCCGUUGGAGCUCUCGACUUUCCAAUCUCCACAAGGCCUAACAAAUCCACCAACCCUUUGUUCAUGUUGCGAACUUCCACCGUCCGGACAAAUAUGCAUUUGCUGGUCAUGCAAUUUCAUGCUCCAUUUGGGCUGCCUCCAUUUCUGCUGCUCCCAAUUCCGAAACUCCAUCACCCACCCCGCCCACGGCAACCACCCCCUCACCCUCCUCUCUACCGCUGCAUAUCCCAGCGGCCAAUUCAUCUGCAACGCCUGCCGCAAACCGGGAAGGGGCUUCAACUACCAUUGCAGCCACUGUUCCUAUGAUCUUCAUGCUAUAUGUGCUCAUAUGCCCUCCAACUUCACCCACCAGUCCCAUCCCUGCCGUCUUUCACUCACCUUCGAAGUCCCUUUUGUUACUACUACCUGCAACAUUUGCCGCAUGUUCAUAGGGUCUAAUGAGUGGCAUUAUAGAUGUAGUGCGUGUAACUUUGAUGUCCAUUUGAGCGGCUGCUCGAACAACCCAAGUCCCGUGCGAGGCGUGGUUGGACCAUGGCGUCCAACUGGUCUGGGGACUGCUUUGGCUCAAAGGAUUGCUGAAGUUAUUGGACUACGCCUAGGGAGCUUUGUGGGGCAGGCCAUACUUGGCGGUGGUAUUGGAGGUGAUCAGGGGAGCGGUUAUGGUUAUGUGGAUAGCAGUAGCAUAUGGGAUUCACUUAUCAGCGUCUUUGGCUUUUAAGACUCAAAUUAAAUCCUCCACAGAAACGAGUAUCUAGGGUGAAAACCCUCUGAAAUACACCUGCCAUUGCUGAGAGCCUGAAUUCUAGUAUUUCUGUUGCUAUUAUAUUUUGUUAGACCUUAAUUACCAAGUAUUCGUAUGGGAAGUUCUUUAGGUGUGUGAUUAUAUGCAAGUAACUUUCAUGUUGCAUGCCAAUAAGCUAGUUGGGUUUCUGGAAUCGUCUCCAUGACGGUGAGAUUUUGAGUUUGAGCCCAGUCAGUGGCAAAUGGUUAGAAAUAAAAAAGGGUUUCACGUUCAAUGCUGUUUGUGACUUUCAUAUUGUAUGCCAAAUUGCUCAGUGGUACUCGACUCGUCUCCAUGACUCUGAGAUCUCAAGUUACUCCUUCCACUAAUGUGACUCUGGGGCAUGUUAUUUGAUAAAGUGCAGCAUGUUGCCUUGGAGUGGAUCAAAAUCAAAGGAACCAGGGUAAAUUGGGAGCCAGCUGUUGAGUAGGGAGUGGGGACUCUCAUUCACUCCUUCUGGCUAUUGGAUCAUGUUCUUCUGAGGAUGCUGUUUUAGCUUUGUUUCAGUAGUGUCAUUGCACAGUGUAUCUGUGUUGAUGUACUUUAGGUUCUACCCCCUCUGUACUGAUUUCUACAUAUUAAUAGAAGUUCGUUAACAGC